UUCCAACACUGGUCUUUACGAAUCUACUACUACUACAACAACCAUGUCUUCUGUUCACGUUUUGGAAAACCAAGCCUUUCUUACCUACCUGUCCGGGAUUUUGGACGCUCACUUUUUUGCAAAGGGUCAUUCAGAGCCAUUGAGAGCCUUGGAGGUUGGCUGCGGCGCUGGUCACUUUUCAAGAAUCCUAAGCGCACAUUAUGGAUCCAAGAUCAAGAUCACUGCUAUUGACGCCAAUGAGAAUGUUAUCAAGAAAGCAAAUGAGUUGUCUGAAGGUCUCGUUGAAGGCUCCGUCACGUUCAAGCAAGCGGACUUCAACAAGUAUUCGGAUAGUGCGCCGUACGAUGUCAUUGUGUUCACCAAGUCUUUCCACCACUGUCUACCAAUCAAUGAGGCUGCCAAAAAUGCAUGGAAGUUACUCAAGAACAAUGGCCUGAUCGUUGCUGAGGAACUCAUCCGUGACUACCCACCUACACACACUAUACAGUGGUACUUUGAUCACUUUGAUCCCUUGGUGGCUGCCAACGUGAUUGACCCGGUCGAGACCCUCUCUUCUGGUCAUUUUGGUCCUGAUCCGCGAGAGCAACAACGCACACGGACAUCAUGGUCACGGACACGACCAUGGACACGCACACAACCAUGGACACGCACACGAUCAUGGACACGGACACGACCAUGGACACAGCCAUGGCGGCCCUGAAGCACAAUUGCAGCGAUUGAAAGAGUUCUGUGAUCCCAAAAAGCCUGCAACUGAGAGAUGGAAUAUCUUCUAUAACGCUACUCAUGGCCUAC